AUGAUUGCAGCUUACAUUGAAAUUGCUCCGUUUCAAAGUAGUCCUUCGGAGAAAAAAAGUAUCACGCAACCAGUUCUAGAGUCAGCUGCUUCAAGUUGCAAUGAGACACCUUGCAUUGGUAUUGUUAAUGAACUUAAAUCAGUUCAAUCUGAUUCCGAAACCGUUAUUCCUUCGACGAGUAGUUCUCAAAGUACUUCAAAACCGUUGGAUAGAGCUUUAGAUUCUGACUCGGAAGUAAUCCCUAUAAAACGUCAAAAAUCUAUCAAAACCAGUUUUCAAGAAAUCUCCUCUUAUUCAGAAUCCGGCAUGAAAACAAGAAAACUUAACAAUUGUUUGUUAUAUAUGAUUUGUAAAGAUCACCAGCCUUUCUCAAUAGUCGAGAAUGAAGGUUUCAAAAAUCUUAUGAAAGCAGUUGCUCCUCAAUAUAAAAUACCAAGUAGAACAAGUCUGAGACAAUGGUUGGAUAAUAAAUAUGAGGUUGUUUCAGAAACUUUUAAAAAGAAAUUGUCUUCGAUAGAAGACUUAACUUUGACGACAGAUAUUUGGUCUGAUACAUUAAAUAUGAAAAGUUUUAUAGGCGUAACUGUUCAUUUUGGAAUAGAAAUUGAACUCAUUUCAGUUACUCGCGGCGUGUACGAACUUGAUGAAAGACAUACGUCACAAUAUAUUUCUGAAAUGCUUUUAAAAACUUGUGCAGAAUGGGGUAUUAAAAAAGAUAAUGUGACGGCUGUUGUAACCGAUAAUGCUGCCAAUAUGGUGAAAGCUGCAGAAUUGACGUUUGGUAAGAAGAAACACAUUCCAUGUUUGGGUCAUACGUUAAAUUUGGUAGCUGAAGGCACAAUGGCAUAUACUGAGUGGCAAAAAAUUGUUACUAAAAUUAAAGCAAUUGUGACCUGGUUCAAACAAAGUUGCGUUGCUAGUGACGAAUUGCGCAAAGCUACUUCUACUGAGACUAAACUUAUACAAAGCGUACCGACGCGCUGGAAUAGUACUUACUACAUGGUACAAAGAUUUUUAGAACUGCGGAGUGUCAUAAAUGAUAUUCUUUUUCGACACGCCACCGCACCCCCAAUGCUCAGCAGUUCAGAAAUAUCCAUUGCCUCAUCCGUCCUCCUGAUAUUGCGGCCUUUGGAGGUAGCCACAAAAGAAAUUUCUGCAGAUAAAUAUUUCACAACCAGCAAAAUUAUACCUUUAGUCCACUGCAUAUUUUCCAAAAUUACUUCAGCAGGUGUCGCAGGAGAACCUGUGGCACGAGAAGUGCAAAAACUGGCUCUGCAGGAAAUUACGAAAAGAAUGGGUUCCAUUGAACAUGUAACUCCUCUUGCUAUAGCAAACAUUUUAGACCCACGUUUUAAAAAACUUCACUUUAACGAUGCAAUAGCUUGUAGCAAUGCUGUAUCGAAAAUCAAAGACUUAAUGAAGGUUCAUUUGUGUCAAAUUGAAGAAAUCGAGUCAGACUCGGAUAAGUGUGAUAAAAGUGAAGAGACAUUUUCAUUAUGGAGUGAUCAUUACAAACUGGUACAUCGCAAUUAG